UUGGUGACGCACGGUAACGGGUGGCAAAAAUCCUCUAUGGUGGAGUUUUAAUUUUAUUGAACAGUGUACUUUGAGUAGCACUAAAUUCUCUCAUUAUGGGUGACUCCGACGACGAGUAUGAUAGGAAGAGAAGAGACAAAUUUAGAGGUGAAAGAACGGAAUCUUAUUCGAGGGAAGGUCGCCGAGAUGAUAGAAGAAGAGACGAUUGGGUGGAUAGAGAAUGGUCUAGUCGGCCUAGACAACGACCAGACUACAGAGAGUAUCGUGGAGGUGGUGGUGGAGGACGUGAUAGAUAUAGCCCCGGUAGGUCACAGGAGAUGGCACCUCCUAUGAAAAGGAUGAGAGCAGAUUGGGAUGAUCGACCAAGAUACGGUCAUGAUUAUUAUGGUGGUGGUGGAGGAGGUGGUGCAACUUCCUGGGGUCCAGACCAUUAUCCACCACCUCACCAUGGUAAUCAUCACUAUGGAAACCAUGGUAACAGUAACAGCCGAGAGGUAGCUGGAAACUUCAGCAAUUCCAAUGUUGAAACUCAGCCACCAAUGAUGUCUUUCAAAGCAUUUCUCGGAACACAAGAAGACUCGAUUACAGAUGAAGAAGCUAUUAAGCGUUAUAAUGAAUAUAAACUGGAAUUCAGAAGGCAACAGUUGAACGAAUUCUUCGUUGCACACAAGGACGAAGAAUGGUUCAAAAUAAAAUACCACCCAGAGGAGUCAGUGAAGAGAAAGGAGGAACAGGUAGCAGCUCUUAAGAAACGUGUCGAAGUCUUUUUGGAAAUGCUUGAAGUUGAAGAAAUAGAUAAAGUGUCUGUAGAUGCAGAUCAAGCUGAUGCUUUGCUGCACCUGCUAGAUGCGGUGGUUAUUAAAUUGGAAGGUGGUACGGAGGAAGAUUUACAAGUUUUAGACAUGAAGCCAACAAAUACGGUUAUAACUAAAGAUACCGUUAAGGACAAGGAGGAUAUAAAGAGCCGAAUUGGGUCCGAGAAAAAGGUCGAUAACAGCGAUGGGAGUAAAAUAGAAGACGCUUCGCGAACGGAAAAAAGUUUUAAAAAUGGACAGAGUUCAGACGCUGAAGUUAAAAGCGUAGAAAAGGAUGAAACCUCGAUAGAAGAGGUCGAGAAAUUAGAAGAAACUACAGAGGAAACAAAAAAGGAUGAUAUAGAAGGCACAACAGGAAAACCGGAGGAAAUUAGCUCUAAAAAGAGAAAACGAACUGACAGUAACAGCAGUAGCAGCAGCAGUAGUAGCAGUAGUACUUCCUCCGGUAGUGAUAGCAAUAAACCCGAUACACCGAAAACAGACGCCCAUGUGACUGAAAAAAUGGAUGUUAAUAAUGAAAAUGUAGACGCACAAGAUGGUAAAGAAGAUGACCGAGAGGCUAAAGCAGAUAGUGAUCCGUUGCCAGAAGCUAAGAAAUCUGCUAUGGAACCAGAAGCAGUAAUCGAUCUAGCUAGCGAAGAUAAGGAAAAAGAACCUAGAGCCUUGCACAAGACUAGCAGUAUUUUCCUCCGUAAUUUAGCACCCACGAUAACAAAAGCAGAAGUUGAAGCGAUGUGUAAACGGUUCCCUGGAUUUUUACGAGUUGCCAUAGCAGAUCCUCAACCAGAAAGACGAUGGUUUAGAAGAGGAUGGGUGUCUUUCGAAAGACAAGUAAAUAUCAAGGAGAUAUGCUGGAGCUUGAACAAUAUUCGGUUACGGGAUUGCGAACUUGGUGCUAUAGUAAACCGGGACCUCUCGCGUCGCAUUCGCACAGUGAAUGGUUUGACGUCUCAUAAGCAAAUAGUCAGGCAUGAUAUCAAAUUGAGUGCUAAAAUCGUGCAUAACUUGGACAACAGGGUUGGUUUAUGGAACGAAGAUAAAAGAGAUGAUAAUACACAUAAACAGGAUGACGACAACAAAGAAAAUAAGAGCAUUCAAAAUGUACAUGAUAUUGAGCAAGCUGCAUUUGGAUUGUCAUCUAAAAAUCCAGUAUUGAAGAAUAUAACCGACUAUCUGAUAGAAGAAGCAUCGGCCGAAGAAGAAGAAUUAUUAGGAAUGUCUGGUGAUCAAGAAGAGGGUCAAUUAGGAGGUGAUGGAGACGGACCGAUUGAAAGAGAUCCAACACUUAUCAAGGUUUUAGACAGAUUGAUUCUUUAUUUGCGAAUAGUUCAUUCGGUUGAUUAUUACAAUCAUUGCGAAUAUCCAAACGAAGACGAAAUGCCAAAUAGAUGCGGAAUAAUGCACGUUAGGGGAUCUCCUCCUACUGCUAAAGUUUCCAGUACUGAAUUGUCAGAGUACUGUCGGAAUUUUGAAAGUAAAAUGGUAGCAUUCCUACAACCAGUUGCAACUUUGUCCCAAGAAGAAUUUGAUAAGCUAGGUGCUAAGAAUGCUGAAGCUGAAGUUGAAAAAUUCGUUCAAGCCAAUACUCAAGAGCUAUCAAAAGAUAAAUGGUUAUGUCCGCUUAGUGGAAAAAAAUUUAAAGGGCCAGAUUUUAUCCGAAAACAUAUUUUCAAUAAACACGCAGAAAAGGUAGCAGAGGUAAAAGCGGAAGCGGAAUAUUUCAACAACUACUUAAGAGAUCCAAAAAGGCCACAGCUUCCCGAACAUCCGGGAAAUAAAGCACCACCGAGAGAGACAUUACGCGAAGGAUUUACCCCAUACGGAUGUAAUACAUUCGGAAGUUACGGAGGUGGUUACGGUGGUAGCAGAGGAGGAUAUGGAUCGAAUUACGGGACAGGGUUCGGUGGAGGAUUCGGUAUGCCACGUUCCAAUCGUGGUGGUUUCAACAGAGGACGCGGCGGUGGAGGAGACUUCCGACCAGUCAUUCACUACCGCGAUCUCGAUGCACCGAGAGAACCGGACGAAUUCUUGUAAAUUACGUCGAUAUACAAAAGAUUCAAGGAGCGAAGGAAAACGUGUGUUGGUAACAGUAGUCGGAACUACUUUUGGUAGUUUGGCGUAAGCA